AUGGAAACUUAUUUAUAUGAGUUUAUUGAAGCUUUCACUCAUUUAAUGCUUUAUAUAAUGAGCAUAUAUUCUUCUGAAUAUUUUGAAAAAAAGAGAAAGUUCAAUACUUUAGUUUGGCAUUGUGUAAAUAAUCAGAUCGAGGUAUAUAUACAACAGGCACUAAACCCUAUAAAAAAAUUUAUUUUAGAUAAAAGUUUAUACAAAUAUAGACUAAUUUUUAAAAAUUUAAAAGAUCAAGUAUUAAAAAUAUAUACCAUCGAAUUUGAACAAUUUUAUAAAACUCAUAGUACAGAAAUUAGUUAUUCUUCCAUCGAAAAUUUUGUUUGGGAUUUCUUUACAUAUGCUGAAAUGUGCCUAGCCGAGCAAAAUAAUAUAGAGAAGACAUUUGAAAUUGCCUUCGAUUUAAUGAAAGACUAUGAAGACAAUCCCAAAAUAAAAGAGAGCUUAAAGGAUGAAUGGGAAUUAAUAACUCACCAAAGUCAAAAUAUAUACAAAAAACAAAUUUUAAAAAGUAUGUACGCUUCUGAUAAUAAUGAUCCUAGAGUUGUAUGCCAAAUAUACGUGGAAAGUUGUCUAGAGUAA